UUCUUUUUAAAAUUUGAUUCUUUGUGCAUAGCUCAACUACAUCAUGCGGAAAGAGAAGAGCCCUGGCGUGAAGAUCCUAUGGAUUUGGACCUUUGGAACAGCUGCUAUACUCGUUGCUAAUGUGAUGAGAACCAGAAUAAGGGACCUGCAAGCCGUCAUGAACGCUGAACAACAGCAACAACAACAACAUGAUGCCGCUAACACUGAUUCCCCUCUUGUGGAUACAUUAACAUCUGACCCUACUAUUUCAGAGGAUAAAGAUUGAUUUGCAUUUUAUUAUUGAUUUCUUGUUCAGGUCUUUGAGGUUGUCGUAUGCGACAUGUUUGUUGAAUGUCCUGACUAAAAACUAAGGCUGGCCCAACCAGCGAAUUUUGGAAACCAAAUCCGGAUGGUGAAAAUUUUA